AGCAGCUAGCAGCAUAACGUUCAAGUUCGGACCGGGGAGGAUUUCAUUGACAGAUAAAAAUGUCCGGAAUUUUAUCGUUUUUCGGGAGACAAAUAAGCAUCUUUAAAAUGCCUGGAAUACGCCAGCCUUUCUCCUUGCCAUCCGGCAAUAAAAUUAGAAAGAAGAAGAAGAGGAAGACGAAGCCUUUCUCCUUCCGGCGGGGCUGCUACCUGGUGGUCGGUUCGGAGCGAAUGGCGGAGGAGUGCGCGAUUUCAACUGAGAAGCCUGCAGAAAACCCUACCCUGAGUGUACCUGUGCCCUUGACCUUGUCCUGCGACCUUUGACCCUGACUUUAAUCCUCUCAGCCCUCCUCUGAGCUCGUUGUUUCAUGCCUGGUCAUGCACAGUAGCAGCAGCAGCAGCCAACACGUUUGUUUCAGAAAGAUGCAACCUGAACCGUCAGCAGACAGCUUAGAGCUGCGAAUCACAAGAUGCUGAAUAAGACGUGAGAUUCUGGUGAAAACUCAUCAGUUUAAGAACAAACUUCAGCAAAGCAUUCAGCUUUAUUUGUCGAAGCUUCUCCCCAUUAACCGUGSAGCAUUUCCUGAAGUUCCUCCACCUCUCUUCAGCUCAACCCCACAGGGAGCUCCUGUUCGCGCUGCGGACGCCAUUUCGUCGAGUCUGCCCCCCGCUGAGCUGCGGGUCGAUUUUAAGCCAACAUGCACCAUUAACGAAGCCAUACUGGCCUUUGUGGUGGAUGGGGGGGUGGAGAACGCACCCCGCUGGCGCUGGAGGCUCGGACCGAGCAUCAAGCCUCACAGAAGGGUUUUACUGCUCUGGCAGCCCUAAUGAGGAGGAGCAGGAAGAAACAAGUUAUCCUGGGAAGGGACUCUCUUAUUUGUCCUGGAAAAACGGCUUAAUGCAGAAUGAGCUGCUUUACGGUGUGACGUCUCUAAAUCCAUGAAAGCUGCUGCAGGCCACAGCCCCCAAAUCAACGUUUACUUUCUCACAUCAAAAUGGCUUCAAACUGAUGUGCAAUUAUACAACUUUACGUCGUCGAAAAGCAGAAGUGGAGCCUGCUGUCAACCAACAAGAAUCCAGCAAGUGGCUUCUGGAUGGACCCGUGUGUGUGGUUCUGAUCCAGUUUUUCCUCAGGACCUGCCUGGCAUUGUGCUGCUUCCUGUCCUGGCAGACAUUAUGGGGACAAAUAAAAGACGGACGUGUGCGCAGAGACACACAGAAAUACACACAAUAGUGACUUUCUCCAGCCGGGAUCUGGAUAGAUGUGGAAACUUCUCUCAGCGCCAGAGGAAGCCGGAUAGAUCAGCCUGGAAGCAGACGGCUGCAGCCGCCAGCCCAACACAUUCGACCUUCCASCCCGUGAAGAUGUAGUCAGCUCGRUUUCCAUGGGGAUGCCUCCAAACGCGGCGCGCUCUGCCUUGUUGCCAUGGUCGCUGUGGUUGAUGUUCGCGCUGACCUCUGACUGCCAGCCGAUGCUCUCCGCCCCUGAAGCGGCGAACGCCACGCUGCUAUUCGACAGCGGCGCCGGCCUGCGGACCUGCAGCUGCCCGGCUCUGGUCCCGGACUGCGACGAGGACCAGGCCGACUCCCGGUGCCGCUGCAGCACCGUCCCGCGGUCAUCCCUGGACCGCGCCAGCCUCGGGCGGACCGUGGCGGUGUGGGUGUGGGAGCUGUGGGUGCUGGAGGAACUGCUCAACAGCAGCGCCGUCACUCAUCUGCGGCUGUCGUUCUGCGGCGUGGAGUCGCUGCAGAGCCGGCAGCUGGUUCUGCUCGGGCUGCGGACCCUCAGCGUUCACAGCGCCGCCCCCGGAGCGCCGUACCCCGACCAGGAAAUCAGGAUUUCGCYGUCUGCCGGGUCGGCGCCGGAGCUGGACUCCUCCACUUCCCACCACAUGAGCUUCGUCGACGUCGGCRUUCUGAACGGACUGUCGGCUCUGAAGGCGUACAGCGUCAUCGGGCCGCCGCUUCACACCUUCUCCCAGUUCUUCCCACACCUGGUUUUCCCACUGGAGUCCAAGGAAAACUCCUCAGAAGCGUCACAGCAGACGCUCAUCACGUUCGUGUACUGAAGGAGCAGAAUGUUACCGAGAAAAUAUUUCACAUGUGGAUACAAGCACAAACAUUAGCAAGCUCAGGUUGCAUGUUUCUCAUAUUUCCCAUUAGCAUCACUGCCAUUUUUCAAAAUGGCCGCCGUUUUUGAGGGUUUGGGCCACACCAUCAAGAGAUUAUGUGAGAAUAAAGUCAAAAUGUUUUGACUUCAUUCUCACAACAUCAUGACUCUCUUCUAGAAAUAUUAAUUUAUUCUCAAAAUAUUUCAGCUUUAUUCUCAUAAUGUUUCGUCCUUUUUGUCUUGAGAUAUUCUGACUCUUUUCUGGUAUUAUUGUAACUUUAUUACAGUACUUGCUGUUUGUAAAUCUCAAUCAAGUAGAAAAAUAUGUAGACUUGCAACACAGACUUACAGUCGUCUUAAUGGUUAGCKUUAGCCUCCGCUACUUUGUGUGUUUCACAGCUUAGCGUUAGCUUCCCAUGAUUUGUUUUUAGCAGUUUAGUGUUAGCUUCUGGGAAUUUUUUGAUGGUAGUGUUAGCUUCAGCUAGUUGUUUUAUCUUUAGCUGUGUAGUGUUAGCUUCCAGACAUUUUUAUGUUCAGCUUUAGCUUCUGAAAAUGUUUUAUGUCUUUAGUGGUUUAGCAUUAGCAUAGCUAAGCAUCUUUUCAGCGAAUUAGUGGUUUGUGAACCUAACUUUUAGACAGCUGUGCCCGCUACUGGCAAAAACUACUGCCGAUUUUAGUGCAAACAUUUUCUCCAUUACAACCAUGGCGGCCAUUUUGAAAAAUGUCCGCCAGAAAAACAAAGCACAAGAUCAAGAAAAUACAAAUGAUUUCCAAUGUUUAAAUUUGACAUCAAAUAUAUUUAUCUAAUUGUCAAUUUUAUUGCAAACAUUAAUUUUCCAUGACAACCUUGGUAGGCAUUUUGAAAAAUGAGGAAAUGUAAUUUCUAUSGGUCCAAUUAUGCAUGAUUUGACACCAAAAUUAUUUAUCUGUGAUAAAUAUCAGCAGAUUUAGUGCAAAAGUAGAUUUUCAUUGACGACAAUGAUGGCGGCCAUUUUGAAUUUUGUGCCCAGUUUGGUUCUUGUAUCCACAUGUGAAAGAUUUUUGUAAAAUAUUCAGUUAUCUGCUGCACUAUAAAAAGUUCUCAUCUACAGGCUGAAAAAAAGGAAAAUUAGGCUGAAAGUUGUAGAUAAAUGGUUGGAAUAUUUUAUAUUUUCUGUCAGUUAGUAGAAAUCUCUCACCAGUCAUUGGCCUUUUAUUGUUUUAUUGUCAUUUUUACAUGAAUUCAUCCCUUUUUUUAGAUUUACUGAAAAACAUUAUUUCUGUUAUCUCAAGCUUAACCAUAUUUCCAGUAGUUUUCAGCUUUUUAUUUACCUUCCAUAAUGUAUUAACCUUAAAGCUCAAUUCUUUGCAUGACCUCUAAGGUACGACAUCAAUAUGAAGCUAAUUUUACUGCAGAAAAUGUUGUCAGACCUGCUCACUAAAACUGGGUUUUAUUGAUCACAUGCAUCCCAUCCUGCACAAAUCCACUCCGACGACGUCUGAAAAACAAUUUACCAGAAACAUAAAUCAUGUUGGGACGUAGAGGAGCGCUUUCAUUCCUGCUCUGCUUGUGAAGCUUUAGUUGAUUUUUUUGUUCUGUAUUUUGAAAUAUUUGCCCUUUUUUUUUUUUUGCUGCUGUGGCUGGGUGUGAUAAUUUUACUAGAGCUGUGCAAUAUUUUAUAUUUUGGUUGAAUACUAACUAGAUAUGGAAUCAGUAUCAUCAAUACUGAUACUUUAUCUAAAUUUUAUAUAUCAUAAAAUGUCUCAUCUUUAGGCAUUUUUGUGGAUUUUUCCUUUGAAUUAUUUUUGUUCAAACUGUAGAAAAUACUCUAAGAUAUUAACAUGACAGAACAAAUUUGUUCAAAAGUACCAUCAAAAUCAUCAAUAAAUAUCAAAAUGAUGGUYAAUUUUYCAUUAAUUUAUUUCAAAAUCAAUUCUAUAAACAGUCUAAGUUUUAACCUUCAUUUGAAGGAACUCAGUGUUUCGGCUGUUUUGCAGUUUUCUGGAAGUUAGUUUGUAAACUAACAGACUUGUUACUYUACUAAAGAUAAACACAGAUGAGUUYYUSUAGAUUUCAUUCAUCCUCUAAAUCUUGAAAUGUUCUUCAGGUGAUAGAAGGCCGACUUUGUAACCGUCUUUAUGUCUCUCAGAAGGUUCAGCUCCAUUUUAACAAAACAUUACCAGCUUUAUUUUUAUUUGCUCCAUUUUUAAACCUAAUUCUGUGCUCAUUCACACCUCACCCAUUCACCCUGCAUGUAGUGGAUGAAUGGAUGAUUUAUUAGUUCCCUGAUUUCUUUGUUUGGUUUCCUGAAAUUAACUCAGUCCAGUUAGUCUUUUCAAUCGGCUUCAAGUCAAAUCCUCUCUAGAUGUUUUGUUUUUCGAUUAUUUUUGUCGCAUCCUGUUUCAAGAUUCUAAUUUAGGAUCUUUGUUUCUGGAUUUUCCGUUUUUUACAGCGUCUUAUCUUUUCCUUACAGUGUAAUAAAGUCGGUUUGCUCAUCUA